CCACCAAGACGUGGCUGAAAGACUUUUGCAUUACAUGAAUACAAAAAUCACUCACAAUGAGACUUGUAAGGUUUUGGAACAAGGUGUAGAAGCUGUUUCUGAAGCUACGAUGAGUUCAUCUUCGCCCCACCAAAGACAAGCAAAUAGGCACCGUAAAAUAAACAACGAGGCCAUUAGUAAUGAAAGAGUUGUUGAGAAAAAUAAACAGAACAAGCAGAGCGAUGCGAAAGAGGACAUUAACAGCGAUGACAAUGAAAACCAUCAAAGAACAUCAACGAAAUACGAAGAAACUUUGGAUUCAAAUGAAGGAAGUGAGUAUGUUAUUUUGAGUGAACAACAAGAAGAGGCAAAGACGAUAUCAGAUAUGCCGGUAAAUGGUUUAAUUACACCACCUGCCCUUGACACAAGCCAGCUGGACACUGACAGACUAUCCAAUUCACCUAUUACUACUAGUCCCACUAGAGGAUCUCAGGCGGGCCAUUUGCUCGCAAAACGACGCGGAAACGAACAGAACAUUUACAAUGCAAGCACAACAGUACCAGGUAUUAGUACUGGAAAUGAAAGCUCAGAAGACAAUGAGUUAGAACUAAAAACACGGCUGCCCAGUUUGGGGCCUCAAACGUCUCUGACUGGUCACCCUUUGGAUGGUAGUGAGAAGGUUUUCCAGGUACAACACAGGCCUGGAAGGAAACUGGUAAUUCGUUCAUUCAGUGCACCAAAUUCACCAGAUAUGUCACCAGUCGCGUCACCAAGGAUUAGCCCAACAAGUGAAGUCUCGACUGUCUUAGCAGAAAUGAUCACAGACACUAGGAGCGCUCCAAACUCGCCGCUUGCUCGUCGAUCUAUCAAGAAGACGUUUAGAGCUGUUGGUAUGACGGCAAGGUUUGCAGUCGGUGCCUAUGCAAACCCGCCAAAUUCACCUGUUUCCCGCGCCAGGGUUAGCAGGGAACCAAUUGUUUUAGCUACUCCUAGUGUUGGCAACGCUGGAAUCAAAUUUGAUCGUUACCGAAGGGGGUCUUUAGCUGUUGGUAAUGAGGCUUUCAAGGUUCCUGUUCAGAGAGGAAAAUCAAGGUCAGUGUGUGAGGUGACGCUGAACGAGUCGUUACAUAACCAUUUGCUCACUAAAGCCAUGGAAACCGAAGAACGAAUGGAGUUGCCAUGGAACGCGUGGAUUGCAGCCAAGAGGAGAGAAUCUGUUUCUCAACAACCAACCACGACUCUCGCUCCUAUGCCUGAAAACAAACAGCUACAAGUGCCCGCCUCUCCUAAUGCAAGACGGCGGUCGUUUCAGCAAUGGCUGAACGAGAAAGACAUGGAACAACUACGGCAAAUGCAUGAGCAGUCUCAGAUAGAAGAACGAAACGACGCAGAAAGAACUGGACGACAGGUGAAGGGGAAGUCGUUUGAGGAGUGGUUGGAGGAGAAACACAGGGAAAGUCAACGGGAAAAAGAGAAGUUGAAAGAGAAGGAGGAAGCAGAGAAAAGCGAAGUUGAGAAGAAAAUGAGACGAAGGAGAAUGUCACAGCAGAAAUAUCAGUCGUGGCUGCAAGAAAAGGAACUGAAGGCUUUAGAAGAAGAAGAAAAACUCCUUGGAGAAGCAAAAAAGAAAUUAGAAAAAAUGAAGGUAAAAUGGGAAGAGGAGGAUGAAAUGAAAAAGAAAGCUCCUGUUGCCAUGGGAAAGGUUGCCGUUGGUAGAACAAAAAGUUGCCCUACCUCGAAUACGGAAGAUGGUAGAAAAAUUUCAAGACAACGCUUUAGCAGCCUUCAAGUAACGUCUAAAUGAUAUCCUAGGUGUUUGUCUAGACCCUCUUGUAAUCGGCCACCGCACCUGCAGAUCUCAUUCGGUCGAACCACCUUCAAAUAUUGAUUAUCUCCGGUUAUGGAAAAAGAGGUGGUUGCUUACUGGAGGUCCAUUUUGUUGUAAGCGUAUAGCUUGUUCUUUUUCCUAUACAUAAUGCUGGUAUUGCAGUGGACCUUUCAAUAUCGACCAGCUCUAACUAUGACAAAAGGUGGUCGAUUACUGGAGGUGUAUUUUGCUGUAACACGCGAUGUAUUGUGUAUAUAAUAUGUAAGUUUAUAUCUGGCUUAUAAAUAUACUGCUAUUUCAAUGUCGACUUUAGUAAUAUAUUUGUCUUAUACAUAUACUCAUAAUAGGCCAGACUCGGUUGGUCUGACUUGCUUGCAAGAUUGGCACUUUGCAUGAUGACGUCAUUUGACUACAGCAACUAAAAUGCUUCGCGUUCGCGAAUUUUCUUUUUUUAUUCAAAUUUGUGUUUGCUUAUUAGGAUAACAUGACGAUUCUUGCUAUAAUCAACUGAACAAAAUAAAGUAUGCAAGGGAUUUUAAAUUUAGUUGUAGCCAAUAACGCCAUAAUGCAAAUUUAUUAUAGCUUACUAGCUUCAAACUGUUUCUUACUAUUAACCUUAUCAAGUCGACUCAGUCAGCUAAAGCUUUUUUUCAAAAGCUCUUCGGAGUAAAACUGAUCGACUGGGCUUCCUGUGUAUCAGAUCUCCUUGUGUCACAAUCAGUUGGUCCUGUGAUUAGUGACAAUUCAAAUUCAAACCUUAUUUGAUCAAGCAACGUUUUUACAACAAAACUUUAUAGAAAGAUGUUGAAACAAAACGCAACAAUCCCACAACGUCACAGAUACUGGCAAUCAACUAUAAACUAUUGUAAACUAUUCGAAACUUCCUUUUGAUAGAGGAUGAAAACGUUUUCCUUUCUUGUGUACACAUUAACAAGCUAUAGUAACAUUAAAGCAUCACACGUCAAUCUCA